AUGACUGUUCGAGGGAUGAACAUGAGUGACUCCCGAGCGGCUGUUUUGGAAGGCACAGAAUAUUGCAGGGGCCUGCCCAAACGCCUGGAUAAAGUUGCCCCUGGAGCCCGUAACCUUCUCACCUCCAUACACCGCGCCUUUGAAUCCCUUCCUGUAGGUUCACAAUCAUCCUCCGGAGAAAUCCUCCUUCGACCCCAAACUGCACAGAAAUACACGAUGCGCUGCUUCAUGGCUGUUGUCACCAUCCUCAUGGCCGUGAUGGUCAACAUGGCGAAUACCACGCCUCUGAUCCAAGCCACAGCCAUCAUCCUGGCCACAGCCCUCGUGGGCGUGGCCACACCCUCUGGCUUCCAGCACUCCGUGAUGUCCGCCCCCGACUCGGCCGGCCGCGUUGCAGUCGAAUCCAGCCCGGUGAUGCAUCGCCGGACCAAGGACACCGGUGGCUGCUUCCACAGUUCGAACCACACUUCCAUCCCCGACAACGACACGUCCGCCUGGAUCCCAUGGAUCGCGCUUGCGUCGCCGGACGAGCCGACUGCACAGAAGGCGCUAUCUGACACUAUUUCAGCCCUGUGCCGGAGAAACAGUGCUACGAUCUUGACCCGUGGCAUACCUUACACUCACUGCCAGCCCGAUGACUACAGCAACGGCACGUACGCAGUCAUGGCGCAGAUGACGUACCUCGGCCCCAGGGACAUGUUCGACAUGCGCGACACCUACGACUACCGGUGCUGCCUGGCGGCGAUAAGCCUGACCGAGUACUGCGAGUACGGCGGGGCGCUGGACCUCGCCUUUGACCUGGGUGGUGGUCCCAACAACUCGCACUCUUGGAACGUACGAGCGCGGCCCAUCGUGGGACCCUGCCCGGACUGCACCGGGGGCUUACUUGGUGGGGACGGAAAGUGCCGUGAUUGUUGAGAGCCGUACGGAUAGAGACCGGGGCCCUGGUGAGCUUGAAGGAUGGGCUUGAAUGGACCUGGGACUGAAUAGCCCAGUCUCCCAGAAGCACUUGACUCUUGAGUAGAGGAAUCCAUCUGGCGUUGUCUUGA